AGUCAGCAGUGACGGUGUCGCCUCACCUCGCGCGGUCACAGCACAACUCGUUUGGCUAUCGAGCUGCGCGUUUCCGUUCCGCGUCGAGCGUCGCGUAACAUACAUAUACACAUAAUACAUACACGUCAAGUCGGAGUUCGCGUGCGCCGGACGAUCAUCGGUUGCAUCGUCCGCAUUAAUCGCCCCCCGAUAAUUUCUUCCCUCCGUUUGACGGUGUAAUUCGCGCGUGCCGAUUUCUUCUCUUUCUCUCACCUUCGUUCUGUCGCGCCGCGCGCGCGAGCGUCUUCCGCGGUGAAAUAAGUGACGGUUCCGGGGAUAAGGAGAGGACUCGGAGGGACGGUUUCAGCCAUGCGAUUCUCGUGGAUGCUCGCGGCCACGGUGCUGCUAGUUCUUGCCACGGGGGUGAGAUGCAAGAGGAGAUUCGACGGUGAUUUUGAAUUCGCCGAAGAGGAUGAUCCCCGCAUAAUGAAAGUUGGAGACAAGAAACGUUGGAUACACGACCCAAAUAGCGAGCUUUGUCGUCCACUCAACUGCAAGAAGAAGGAACUUUGCCUUUUGGAGGACACGUUUACGGCCGUCUGCGUUUCGAAGAAAGAGCUUCACAAAUCAGGAGAUAUAGUGAUUCCAAAGUCUCGUGCAGUUCAACAGCGACGAAUGAGGACCGAAACCUCAGUCGAUUCGGACGAUGACGACGCCUUCUUUGAUUCCGAGGACGACGACGACGAUCAGGACGAGUCAAAGUGCCAGGAAUGUCCUGUGGUGAAGCCUACAUUCCUCUGCGGAAACGACAAUCGCACGUACAGCUCGCCGUGCCGACUCGAGUACCACAACUGCAUUCAUCAUACCUCCGUCCACAUCGCCUGUAAAGGUUUUUGUCCGUGCAAAGUUGCUGAUCUGCGAAUGUACUCGAAGAAGACGCAGAUGCAAAGGAAGAAGAUGCUUAUGGGCAAGAUGGGCCGUAACCACGACAUCACCCUCACGCCUCGCGACUUCAAUUACGAUAAUCAUCACUACCAGUAUCUUAAGUACACGAAACGUGGCAAGGGACUCGCUAACGUGAACAGAUACGACGACAAGCAUCUGAUGAACAAUGAAGUCACGGACAAGACUCAGUCACCGUCGAAGGCUAUAUACAACGUGCAGUUACCAUCCAGAAAUACGGAUUGCCCGUCGUCGUCCAAGCCCGCAAUGGCCAACCGUCUCCUAGAUUGGUUCUCCGUCGUGAUGGCGGACUCCAAGCAUCGCCGUCAGCAUCCUAAGCCUAAAGGUCACUUCCCAAUCGGUUGUCAGAGCGAGGUCAGGUGGAUGUUCGGACAUUUGGACAGCGAUAGUGAUGGCCGACUCUCACUCUCCGAGCUGUAUGGUCUGGAACACGACCAAAAUGAACCGUGCUUAAAACCUUUCCUGGAUAGUUGUGAUACCGACAGCGAUAUUUUUGUGAGCGGUCCUGAAUGGUGCGGAUGCUUCUCUAAAGCUGAACGUCCGUGUGCCGCUGUGCGUAGACGAUCAUCGCCGGAUUCUGCACCUGCUUGCGAUUCGCGAGGAUAUUACCGCAGUACUCAGUGUCAUCGGGGCCUUGGUCUCUGUUGGUGCGUCGAUCCGCAUGGCGUCGAGUUUGCUGGUACCAGAACGCGCGGUGCAAAGCCUGACUGCGAUGCAAUUGUGAAUAAGAUCAGCAGCGGUGGGCUCAAAACCAACAGUGUGGACCUUGAUGACGAUGAGGACGGCGGUACCGACUCCUCUCAGGAUCUCGAAGGCUCAGCCGAUCAACCUCUAGAUUUCUAGACAUAUUAAAGGCGGCGGCUAGCAACGGAAACGCAGCAUCUUUAACCGAGCAUCUUUUAAGAGCAGAGAACCGAUUGUAUGGUCGGAGAAAAGUGAGGGAAGGUGCGCGCGUUCGCCAGCUUUAGGAAUACCGCCGAGUUGUGAUCAGAGGUGUUCUAUGUCAUCGGGCCGCCUGUCGAGGUCCACGCGCGACGAAACGAAACGUGAGCCUAAAUGAGUUCCGAGAGCAACGAAUAAGCACGACGAUCAUUAGUUAUGAGGAGGUCGGAUUCGUAGCGAAUCGCGCUGCAUGGAACCGGAAAGGAUCGUUGUCGAAUCAUCGUAACGACCUUAGUCGCGUCCUUCGUCCCAGUUAGGAAGCUCCGAUCGACAUUUAAAAUAGCGAGUGUCUUGCCAUGUUGUGCAAUAAUCGCGUAUGUCCACCGGUAAGCGGCGUCUACAGCCCGUUCUACGCAAUCGUAGAUCCCGUGUAAUCAUAAUACCGUGCAAUAUCCAAUAGAGUUCGUGUAGAGAGUACGCAGAUAUGGCCGAAAGUGUAUGUAAGUGUAUGAGAAUUGCUGGUGACGGAGUGAGAAGGGGAGAAAAUUCCGCUGCGAGCCGCGCAGAACACCAAUCGUUGGAUUACCUCCGUGCCUGUCGAGGUAUCUCCACGCACAAUUAAAAGUAUAAAUAAUAUAAUUACGUAUCAUUUAUGCAUACACAAAACAAAAA